AUGUCGAACUUCUUGGCACCCGCGCCUGAACCACCCACUGAGCUGGGUAGGCUGCGCGUGCUCUCCCCCAACGCCGGCAUCCGCGUGUCCCCUCUUGCGCUGGGCGCCAUGUCGAUCGGCGAUGCGUGGGCCGAGGGGAUGGGCGCCAUGAACAAGGAGCAGUCCUUCAAGCUCCUGGACGCCUUCUUCGAGGCCGGCGGCAACUUCAUCGACACCGCGAACGGCUACCAGGACGAGCAGUCGGAGCAGUGGAUCGGCGAGUGGAUGAGGGAACGGGGCAUCCGGGAACAGAUCGUGCUCGCGACCAAGUACACGUCCGACUACAAGAGCCACUCCCUGGGCAAGGGCCACACCGCCAACUUCACCGGGAACCACCGCCGGAGCCUGCACACGAGCGUGCGGGACUCCCUGGAGAAGCUGGGCACCGACUACAUCGACAUCCUGUACCUGCACUGGUGGGACUACACGACCUCGAUCAAGGAGAUCGUGGACUCGCUCCACAUCCUCGUCGAGCAGGGCAAGGUCCUCUACCUCGGCAUCUCGGACACGCCCGCCUGGGUCGUCAGCGCGGCCAACACGUACGCCAUCGACCACGGCAAGACCCCCUUCAGCGUGUACCAGGGCCGGUGGAGCGUGAUGCACCGCGACUUCGAGCGCGACAUCCUGCCAAUGGCCAAGAUGUUCGGCAUGGCCCUCUGCCCGUGGGACGUCCUGGGGUCCGGCAAGUUCCAGUCGAAGAAGGCCGUCGAGGAGCGCAGGAAGGCCGGCGAGGGGCUGCGUUCGUUCGUCAGCACGGGGCAGCAGACGGAGACGGAGAUCAAGAUCAGCGAGGCGCUCGAGAAGGUCGCCGGCGAGCACGGCACCGAGAGCGUCACGGCCGUCGCGCUGGCCUACGUCCGCAGCAAGGCCGCCAACGUCAUCCCCAUCGUGGGCGGGCGCAAGGUGGAGCAUCUGAGGGCCAACAUCGACGCGCUCACCAUCAGGCUCACGGACGAGCAGAUUGCGUACCUGGAGAGCGUCAGGGAGUUUGACGUCGGCUUCCCGAACAACUUCUUGGGCGAGGACCCCAACAUCACCGGCAAGUCGGUCAGGCUCUCACGCGCCGCCCACAUGUCAUUUCCCAAUGCGGGCCGGCAGACCAGCGUCUGA